CUCAAUGGAUCACCAUCGCCAGGAUAGAAUAACAUACCCUAGAGAACCAUUUUACGUCUGACUGGACCUUUGUGGUGUCGUAUACCCGCAACCAUUGCAGCACGAGGCGCCAAGAUAUUCGUUACUGGACCUUUAUGGCGUCCGAACAAGGAUCCUGUAGUUCUUUUCACUCGUCGCUAUCAGAGUUGGGUCCAGUAUCGACCUAUUCAUCAGAUAGCGAAAACCGGAGUUCAGAUGAUGAAGGACGUGAACGGAGGGAUGGAAAUCAGACGACAAAAAUAGACGAAGAUGGCGAAGAGCAGGAGGAUGAGAAACAUGAAAAAGGGGGGCAAAAAGAAGUAGAAGAGGGAGAAAUAUCCAGGAUAUCCAUAUGGAGUGGUUCUCAACACCGAGACGGAAUCCUGGUGCUGAAUGAGAACGACAAUAUGGGUGGAACUGACAAAACAUCUCCUGAGGCACCAAGCAAUGAGAAGAAACCCUCAAAGGAACAAAUUCGGCAAUCGCAGGUGCCUGCUGCAUGUUUGAGGACCACUGUGUCAUCUCGUAAUAAAUUAAUCACCAGAUCUCCGACAAUCUCUAAAGUCGCCGGUGGCUCUCCCAAGAAAUACAACUGGCCUCUCCAUGAACAUAGAUUUGUCCAGAAGAAGGCGGCCCAGGCGACCGGUUGCCAUGACAACGUGCCGACGCCAGAACAUCGAGACGAGGCAACGCCCUCUGGAGAAGCUGCUGAGGACAAUAAAGACGCCAAGAUCUCACCGUCAGAAAAGGAGAAGCAGCCACAGGCUUCCAGAGAAGGUCGUCCCACCUUUCCACCUAAAAAGAAGACAAGUGGAGAGGGAAGGGCAUCGCACCGAUCUAAAUCCCCUACGAAAGAUGGAGUUCUCUCACCCAGGCAAUUCAAUAACAGACCCCAAAAUACUAAAGCAUUUAAUAAGAAAGCUAGUAGAGCCUCUAAUGACUAUGCCAAUGCAACUGAGCAUCAUGAAACUGUUGUAACGACGCAGCAUAAAGGCAAGCAGACAAGAACCGAAAGCAAAGAGCGCAAAAGUUAGUAUUCGUUGUUUGAUAUGGCUGUAGUUUGAACCUCGUAGAGACACAGAUGGGUUCUUUCAAAAUCGGACUAAUUGCGGUAGUAGUUAGAGCAAA